GAGUUGGAAUGCCAAACUCAGGCUCGUUUGGAAGAGAUCGAAAGCAAAAUCAAGCAAAACCCUCUGACUUCCAUACAACGUCCCAUUUUGGAUCUUAAGCUAGAGUAUAACGAGUCCAAUGAAAGCCGGUUUCUAGACGGCGUUGAUGCGUUGAGCAAGGAGUACCAGAGUUUUCGAAAAGUUCGAGGUGACGGCAACUGUUAUUACCGCGCCUUUCUUUACAGGCUCGUGGAAGAAAUUCGACAAAACGAGAAAGAUUCCGAGAAAAUAAUAGACUGGCUGAAAACAAAAUCUUGGGAAAGUGUUCUCGCGGCAGGGUACGACGAGGUAAUGCUGGAAGCUUUUCACGAUACAAUAGUGGAGCUGCUUGAGCGAAUCUUGGCCGGAACACUAGACGAAGCAGCGUUCCACGAAGAGAUGAAUCAAGAAACGGCCACAUCAGACUAUUGCACUUGGUAUCUUCGAGUUGUUACAGCUACGCAUUUAAAACAAGACCCGGGGAGAUUCUUACCAUUCAUUGCGGAACCAGGAUUGGGGAUAAAUGAUUUUUGCCAGCGCGAGGUUGAACCAAUGGGUAAAGAGUGUGAACAAGUACAAGUUCUGGCACUUGCCGAGGCCUUUGGGGUACAAGUGACGAUUGCAUACUUAGACGGACACGAGCUUUUGUACGGAAGAUUGGCUCAGCACACAUUUGGACCAGAUAGUGCCUCCAUCGAAAUCUCGCUCUUGUACCGCCCUGGUCACUACGAUAUCCUGUAUCGAUGUCGUUAG